CCCGUUCUCUUCGGUUCUCCUCGCUGUGAGUGUGCUGGGCAGGUGGGGAAGGGCGUUCAAUCCGGGGCGAUCCGCAGCCGGGGAGGGCGCAGGGAGCACGGGUACGGACGCCAGAGCCGAGCCCGCGUCGCCAUGCCUAGGAAAAUUGAGGAGAUCAAGGACUUCCUGCUGACAGCCCGGCGGAAGGAUGCCAAGUCUGUCAAGAUCAAGAAGAACAAGGAUAAUGUGAAGUUCAAGGUUCGCUGCAGCAGGUACCUUUACACCCUGGUUAUCACAGACAAGGAGAAGGCAGAGAAACUGAAGCAGUCCCUACCCCCAGGUUUGGCAGUGAAGGAUCUGAAAUGAAGCAGACCUGCGUGUGACUAUUAAAAGCCCUGAAAAGUC